AGGAUUACUGGAGAUUGAGUUAGUAUGUAUAUAAUAUUUUAUUAAGAAUGGGAUCGAAGGGAAUGGGAGGGAUUGGUGGAAGAGGAAAGAGAGAAAUACUAGGAAACGCCUGCGCCGUCCUCACCACCAAACUCCUCCACUCCAUCUCGUCGGAAAACUGGUUCGCGACCAAGACAUCGAGCGUGAAAUGUAACAUGGUCAGACUCAACGACCAGAGGAUGGAAUCGCCCACUCGACCGACGAGUGGCUCUUCAUCUUGGGCUUUCUGUGCGGCGUCGAGGAUCCCGGAUUGUCGUGCGAGGUCGAUGAGUGUGUUUGCUUUUUGGGGAGCGGAGCGGUCGGGUUGUGCGAGGGGGAUUUUGGGAGAUUUCGUGGUGGAGGGGGGGGAUUUUUUGGCCAUUGUGGUGGUGGAGCUGAAGGUGAAGCUCUGUCCGGGAAUCGGAUGAGGUUGAUGAUGUUGGGAGGAUGUGGUGGAAUUAUUCUAAGCCUCGUCGUUGAGUCCGUGGCCUUGUCGGCCUUGUCAGCCUUGUCAGAAAUCAAAGUCUCGCAGAUGAAAGGCCAGAUAUCUUCGUCACUUCCAACCAAUUGCGUCGCACUGGGUAUGGCAGAAAAUGAGGUUAUCCGUCAUCACGGGAAGUGAUUUGAUGGGGAAGUUGACAAGGGUCAAGCACACGCACACGCACACGACCAAGCCCAAGCUCCCGCUGCAAUGCACUGCGGUGUACCCUGGAAGUACUGAAGCCCCCACUACACACCCCCUCUUCGGUACCACAUCCACCAUUCGCCAGCGUGUCUUCAACCGCCAUCAGCCCACCGUUCCCUCCUAUUUGUCCUCGGUUUCGUCGCAGCAGCAAGCCCCUUUUUAAGCUUAUCUCUUGACGUACUCGUACCCGUCCUCCCGUCCCUCUCCCCACAAAAGCUGCCACAACACCACACCAUUCCCAUAUACACGACAAGAGGGAGAGACCGAGGAACGAAACCCAACAAUCAUGCAAUGGUUUUCCUUCCUCGUCAUCCCCACUCUCGCAGUUGUAUGCUGGCUGUACACCGUCGCGGUGGCGCGGCAGCGCUUCCCCAAGUUACGCAAUAAGCGCAUCUGUCUCUUUAUCGCGCAUCCUGAUGAUGAGGCGAUGUUCUUUGCGCCCACGGUUUUGGCGUUGACGGAACCGGAGUUGGGGAAUCAUGUGAAGAUACUUUGUUUGAGUAGUGGUAUGUGCUGUCCUAUCUUGUUUCUUUUCUGCCAAUUGGUGCCAUUGGAGGUGCUGGGGUUGGGGUUGAAUGUGAGGUUGUAUGCGAGGUUCUGGACUAAUGGGUGAAUAGGUGAUGCGGAUGGAUUGGGGGAAGUCAGGAAGAAGGAAUUGGUCAAGAGUGGAAUGGCAUUGGGAUUGCGGAAUGAGGAUGAUGUCUUCGUCGUAGAGAGCCCGUAAGUCUUCCUAUACCCCAUCCAUACAUCCCAAUAUCUACAUCAAUCCCAAUAUUCACCUCCCCUCCCCCACCAACCACAUACAUACAACCUCCUAACACCACCCAGCGACUUCCCCGACAGCAUGACCACCCCCUGGCCCACCCCCCAAAUCUCCACCCUCCUCACCUCCGCCUUCGCACCAAACCUCACCGCCCCCUUAAAAUCCAAAUCCCCCACCGCGCCCACCGCCACAAUCGACAUCCUCAUAACCUUCGACGCCUCGGGCGUGUCCUCACACCCAAACCACAUCUCCCUCUACCACGGCGCGCGCCACUUCAUCAGCGCCUUAAUCCACAACCGGCCCGGCUGGCGCUGUCCCGUUGAUCUAUAUACCCUCUCUUCCGUCUCGGUGGUGCGGAAGUAUAUCUCUUUCCUCGAUGGGUUGACGAGUGUGGCGGUUAUGGCGGGGGGGAAGAAGGGUGGAGAACGCCCUAAGAGGUUGUUGUUUAUGAGUGGGUGGGGGAGUUUGAGGCGUGCGCAGAGGGCGAUGACGGAGGCGCAUCGGAGUCAGAUGCGCUGGUUUCGGUGGGGGUGGAUUGGGUUGAGUCGGUAUAUGGUUGUGAAUGAUUUGUGUUUGGAGGAGGUUGGUGGACGGGUGGCGUAGCAUUGCAUAGCGUAGGAUGGGAAAGUAUUCAAUAUACCCACCGGAUGAUUUUCAUGGUUGGAGCAGGAUUUGAACAUAGGAGAUAUAAAUUAUGAC